UCAGAGGGGGCGUGUCGUAUCUACUCUUCAUAUCUAUGGUCUGGCUGGUAACGGCUAGCAAUGGGAGCUUACAUCAGCCGUCAGGGGCUUUGACAGAAGGGAUUUGGCUGGUUUGAAGUCCAGUUGGCAGACAUGGUGAGGCACAGAGUGAUGACGGAGCUGCAAGUCUUCCAGCACUCUCUCCAGGGGAACUCCCUGGCUGUGGGCCAAGUAGGGCAAAAGUGUGGGGGAAUUCAGGAGAAUGGGAUCAGCACAGAGGACAGGCAGCACCUUUCCCAAGGCCCAACAGAGAUCGAGAAAAGCCAGCCAGUGAACAUCCCAGAUGCAGGUAAAAGAAAGAAGAAGAAAAGAACCAGAGCGACAGACAGCUCCACAGGCACUUUUGAUGAUCUCUACAAACUCACAGAUGAGGUGCUCGGUCAGGGGGCUUAUGCUAAAGUCCAAGGAUGUGUAAGCCUGCAAAAUGGACAAGAGUUUGCUGUGAAGAUCAUAGAAAAGAGUGCCGGGCAUAGUCGCAGCAGAGUCUUUCGGGAGGUGGAGACUCUCUAUCAGUGCCAAGGAAACAAGAAUGUUUUGGAAUUGAUCCAGUUCUUUGAGGACAACUCUUGCUUUUAUUUGGUUUUUGAAAAGCUGCGUGGAGGCUCCAUUCUUACACAUAUCCAGAACAGAAAGCACUUUGAUGAACUCGAGGCCAGUAAGGUAGUCAGGGACAUUGCCCAAGCUCUUGACUUCCUACACACAAAAGGCAUUGCCCACAGAGACCUUAAGCUGGAGAACAUACUCUGUGAAUACACUGAUCGGGUCUCGCCAGUAAAAAUCUGUGACUUUGAUCUGGGAAGUGGAGUGAAGCUCAGCAGUGCCUGCACUCCCAUAACAACUCCAGAGCUCACUACACCCUGUGGCUCGGCAGAAUACAUGGCACCAGAAGUAGUGGAAGUGUUCACUGAUGAGGCUUCCUUCUACGACAAGCGCUGUGACCUGUGGAGCCUCGGGGUCAUCCUCUACAUCCUGCUGAGCGGCAGCCCUCCAUUCACGGGUCACUGUGGCACCGACUGUGGCUGGGACCGAGGGGAAACCUGCAGGACGUGCCAGAGUCAUCUGUUUGAGAGCAUCCAGCAGGGCAAGUACGAGUUUCCAGACAAGGACUGGGCACACAUCACAGAGGGAGCCAAGGAUCUCAUAUCCAAGCUGUUGGUUCGAGACUCCACUCUGCGCCUCAGUGCUGCUCAGGUCCUCAAGCAUCCCUGGGUGCAGGGGAAUGCACCAGAGAGAGGUCUUCCAACUCCUCAUGUUCUACAGAGAAACAGCAGCACCAAAGACUUGACCCAGUUUGCAGCAGAAGCCAUCGCCUUCAACCGGCAGCUAUCGCAGCACGACGAGCAGCAGGAGGACGUGGGAGCCAUCGUCUGCUCCAUGAGGCUUUCUCCUCCCUCCAACUCCCGGCUGGCUCGGAGAAGAGCUCAGUCCAACGCUCUGCGCACCAGGGACUUCACGCCGGCUUCAGACGACCUCGCGGCCUGAAGAAACGUGUUUUCCCGACUGAUUUGAACCUCUGCCUGCUCCUCGUGUGUGUGUUUUUGGUUUCACAGGAAUCAGGAACUGUUUCUGGUGUUGAAGCUCUUCUCCACGGCCAGUAAUUUUAUCUUAUCGACGAGACAGAGCUUCAGCACCAGAGGGGCAGUUUAUCCUGCUGCCUCUUAAUUGAAAUAAGUGAAAAGUGGCGACAUUUUAAGCUAAGAAUUUAGAAAUUCACAUGUAGUUCUCACAGAUUUAUUUAUGGAAUAUGAAGCCCCCAAAACAACAGAAAUGACUCUUAAUGCAAGCAGUUUAUAGUGCGGUACAUAUCAUCAGAACAGCACUUUAGAGGUUCAGGCAGCUUCUGCUGUCUUAAUGCAAUAUCAUCUAAUCUUAGUAGAUUUUAUAUUUUUCUUAUUGUCCAGCUGUGAAUUGGGAUUUUUAUUUAAUAGCUCUUAAGUCUCUGUGGAAAGGGAUGAGUAUUUUUAUUUAUUUUUUAUUUUUUUCCUUUGCUCAGGCGUGUCUGUGUAUGUGACUUGAUGUGUGUGGAUGAAGAUUAGAGGAGACUGUCCCUGGAAAUGGGCUUUUUCCUGUUCAGUCAUUCUCGUCUAACUACCUGAGAGCGUAGGUGGAACCUUUAGAAAGUUGUGGAGUGAGAAUGCAUCUGGAAGUUCUUCUUAUUUCUCGCUUUCACUUCAACACGAGCUACCUUGUGCACUUAUGUACUUUAAAAUAAGUCUCUCAUUCAGUUUACCUCAACGAGAGACUAUUUUCCGGAGAACCUGACGAGUGUUACUCAACAAUAGUUAGUUUAGUUUAUCUAGAGCAGUAUUGAUCAUUUCAGAGGUUGUAACUUCCACAAAUACCCGGUUAGCUUCUUGUUGUCUUUGUGAUUUGGUAUCUCGGAAGGUUUUGGGACUGAAUGAUUUAAAAUGUGAGAAUUGCGUUUGUUGUAUGUAGUUAAUGAGACUGAAAGGGAUUUAUGAAUAUUUGUUACACUCGAUAGUGAGAAAAAGGAUUCUCUGCAGCGAUUAGAGGGAUUUAUUUUUAUAACAGUAUUUGUAUAUGGUUCGGUUUUUGUCUUUUUUGGUUCCGUGAAUGUGCCAAUGGGAAGAAUGAUGGACUCUCCAAGCCAUCAAUGUUCUGAUAUUUACUUUUUUGAUGGAAACAUUUUUACUUUUUUUUUUCAUUUUUUUUUUUUUCCAUUGAGGGCCCAGUCUGUGUUUGAAUGGGGUCUCUGAAGUCAGUUCUGUUUCCCCCUUUUUACCCCGUUAACUUUAUGUGCUGCCCGCCUUAACGGUACGUCCCCUCGUUUCACACUGUUGCCAUGGACACCCCAUCCCUAUAGCAACUAAGGGCCUUCAUAGGCUGGCAGGAAUCGGCAGAGGUUUGCUUGGAGCGAACACACACAUUAGGAAACAAGCACUUGCAAUGUAAAAGCCCUCCCACUCCCAUUAUGAAUCAUAAAAGAACGUGUUUGUUUCACCCCAUCUACUUGUAAUGGCAUCAAAUGAGAUACAGUAAUCGGUGUGCAAUUAUGGAGUCCCACUGAAAUUUGUCAAAGCUCUUAUGGGGUCCUAUGCACAAAGCUCUCCUGUGUGUGUGUGUGUUGGGGGGGGGGGCAUAUUUCCACUGGCAUGCUGUGUUCUCAAUAAAAAAAGAUCUUUAAUAUCUUC